AACAGGUAUCAUCUUGGUAUGGUCAUUAAUUCUAAACCAAAUUUCUGAAUUGCUUUUGGUUGCAGAAAUAUUAAGAAUCUUGCAUAUUAUGGAAAUCAUCCUUUGCCGUGUUUCACCUGUUGAUCCUUCCUCUAAGAUAAAUUGUUCUGUGGUUUGUUGAUGGUAUCUGGAUUACCUGUUUUCUGCAUCAUUUUCAAAAAUUUAGAGUUAGCUUAUUAUUUUUAAUUGACUCUUGGAUGACAGUUUAUAUGCCAGUAGUGCAGGAUUUGUCUUUCUUGCAUUUUAUUAACUGGAAUUCAGGUUCAGAGAGGAAUUAGAGGAAAAGAAAGGACAGGAUUUAUUUCUCUCACACAAAAACACGCCCAAUCUAAGGACUGCCCCGUGAGGCCUAGCAAAGAGAGAGCGCCGGAAUCUCCUGAUGACUGUUCGAGUGGAGGAAGUCCUCCACUUGAUGGAGAGGAGGUUGGGUGCUGGUAAGUAGCCCACAGUCAGCAGGCUUUCUGUCACAGAAAGAGAGAAUAAAAGUCUGUUUGUUGUUGUUGUUGUAUCAAGGCAGGCCCAUGCUUCUGAAUGCUUCCCUUUGUAGGUGCAUAGAGUAUCUCCAGAGGGAUUUUCAAGGACCUGGUGCUAGCAGUUGUCUGCGGGGAGCUGAAGAAGGAGGAAGAUUUGUUUUUCAUCGUUGUACCCAUUUUUACUGUUUGCAUUAUUUACUUUGAUUGGUUGCCGUGGUCCCUACUGCUUUUCUCGCUCAUGUGUGACACAGGGGCCUUCUAUGUUCCUGGGGUCGCACCAAUCAACUUCCACCAGAAUGAUCCCGUUGAGAUCAAGGCUGUGAAGCUCACCAGCUCUCGCACCCAGCUACCUUAUGAAUACUACUCGCUGCCCUUCUGCCAGCCCAGCAAAAUAACCUACAAGGCAGAGAAUCUGGGAGAGGUGCUGAGAGGGGACCGGAUUGUCAACACCCCUUUCCAGGUUCUCAUGAAUAGUGAGAAGAAGUGUGAGGUUCUGUGCGGCCAGUCCAACAAGCCAGUGACCCUGACCGUGGAGCAGAGCCGGCUCGUGGCUGAGCGGAUCUCAGAGGACUACUACGUCCACCUCAUUGCCGACAACCUGCCCGUAGCCACCCGGCUGGAGCUCUACUCCAACCGCGAUGGUGACGACAAGAAGAAGGAGAAAGAUGUGCAGUUUGAACACGGCUACCGGCUCGGCUUCACAGACGUCAACAAGAUCUAUCUGCACAACCACCUCUCGUUCAUCCUCUACUACCACCGGGAAGACCUGGAAGAGGACCGGGAGCACACGUACCGCGUCGUCCGCUUCGAGGUGAUUCCCCAGAGCGUCAGGCUGGAGGACCUCAAAGCAGACGAGAAGAGCUCAUGCACCCUGCCUGAGGGUACCAACUCCUCGCCCCAAGAAAUUGACCCCACCAAGGAGAAUCAGCUGUACUUCACGUACUCUGUGCACUGGGAGGAAAGUGACAUCAAGUGGGCCUCUCGCUGGGACACUUACCUCACCAUGAGUGAUGUGCAGAUCCACUGGUUUUCUAUCAUUAACUCCGUCGUGGUGGUCUUCUUCCUGUCAGGCAUCCUGAGCAUGAUUAUCAUUCGGACCCUGCGGAAGGACAUCGCCAACUAUAAUAAGGAGGAUGACAUUGAGCUGCCUCCUCGGAGCCCAGGAAGAGCCUCACUGUCUGGCCCUUUGCUGCAGGAAGACACCAUGGAAGAGUCUGGCUGGAAGCUGGUGCACGGUGACGUCUUCAGGCCCCCGCAGUACCCCAUGAUCCUUAGCUCCCUGCUGGGCUCGGGCAUUCAGCUCUUCUGUAUGAUCCUCAUUGUCAUCUUUGUGGCCAUGCUCGGGAUGCUGUCACCCUCUAGCCGGGGAGCACUCAUGACCACGGCCUGCUUCCUCUUCAUGUUCAUGGGGGUGUUUGGUGGAUUUUCAGCUGGCCGUCUGUACCGCACUCUGAAGGGCCAUCGGUGGAAGAAAGGGGCCUUCUGCACAGCAACACUGUAUCCUGGCGUGGUUUUUGGCAUCUGCUUCAUAUUGAAUUGCUUCAUCUGGGGAAAGCACUCGUCAGGAGCGGUGCCCUUUCCCACUAUGGUGGCCCUGCUCUGUAUGUGGUUUGGGAUCUCCCUGCCUCUGGUCUACCUGGGUUACUACUUCGGCUUCCGUAAGCAGCCAUAUGACAACCCUGUGCGCACCAACCAGAUUCCCCGGCAGAUCCCUGAACAGCGGUGGUACAUGAACCGAUUCGUGGGUAUUCUAAUGGCUGGGAUCCUGCCCUUUGGUGCCAUGUUCAUCGAGCUUUUCUUCAUCUUCAGUGCGAUCUGGGAGAAUCAGUUCUAUUACCUUUUCGGCUUCCUGUUCCUCGUCUUCAUCAUCCUGGUGGUGUCCUGUUCACAGAUCAGCAUUGUCAUGGUGUACUUCCAGCUGUGUGCAGAGGAUUACCGCUGGUGGUGGAGGAAUUUCCUAGUCUCCGGGGGAUCUGCAUUCUAUGUCCUGGUCUAUGCCAUCUUUUACUUUGUUAACAAGCUGGACAUCGUCGAGUUCAUUCCCUCUCUCCUCUACUUUGGCUACACGGCCCUCAUGGUCCUGUCCUUCUGGCUCCUCACGGGCACCAUCGGCUUCUAUGCAGCCUACAUGUUUGUCCGCAAGAUCUACGCUGCUGUGAAGAUAGACUGAUGGGGGUGGACCAUGGUCUGGCCCACUGCAUCCACGGACAGGAAGCCGCCCUGCACAGGGAACUGCAGGCACGUAAAAUAAAACAACUCCUGCUCGUUUGGAAUGUAACUCCUGGCACAGUGUUCCUGGAUCCCGGGUCUGCGUGGGGGGCGGGAAGGCCUGUAGAUAAAUCUUGCAUUUUUCUUCAUCAUCUUAUUGCAGUUCUAUGGGGGAUGAGUUUUUUGUGGGUUGUUUUUCUUCAGUGCUAAGGAAGUUCCCUCCAGCAGGAACUCUCGGACCUGUUUAUUCAGGUGUAUUUUUGGUUUGGGGUUUUUUUCCCUUAGUUUUUUUUAACAAUUGGAUCCAGGAUGGAUAAAUCCACCGAGACACUGGGUUCUGGUCACUGUCUCCACCUCAGUUCCUCAGGGCUGUUGGCUACCCCACAACUAACUGGAAGAGGAAACGCCGGGGCUUCAGGGAGGUUUCUGAGCCUCUCAUUGCCCAUCCUCACCAUUGAUGCCGCAACAAAGCACAGCUCAGCCCAGACUCGCAUCCUCAGUGCCAACCAGCCUCUUCCAGCCCCUUCCCCUCCCUAUUCCUUCCUCCCUAGCCUCCUCCCAGGGCUGCUCAAAGCAGGGCUCCCCACCAGGCCUCUGGUCAUCUUGUCACUGGGAGCAAGCCCAGAUCUUGGUUGAGCCAAGGAAAUCCCCCAGAAGUACUGGGCGCCAAGUGCCCCAGGACAGCAGGAAUCGCCCCUGCUCAGAGCAGCAGGAGUUUGCUGGACCAGAGGAGAGACUUGGAAUGAACUGUCUUUCGUGCCAAGAAACCCUGGAUCUGGGGUCAAGUAUUUCCAGAGCCAAACCAAGCAUUCACACGUCUGUCUGGAUGAGGGUCCUCACCCCUCAGAUUGCUCCUCAGCCCCUUCCUGGGUUGGGCGGGGAGGGGGAUGUGCUGCUGUUUGCAGUGUGUGCUGAUGGGAACCCUCUCCUCCCCCACUUCCAGGGCAGGACAAGGCCUGGAGACCUCAGAUCUCCUCUUUCGGUGGCUGGGAAGAGGCAUUCUGUCUUGACAUCCCCCAGCCUCAGUGCCCACACACAGCUCUUUUAGCCAGACCCUGCCCCUUCACUUCCUGUCUGAGCUCUUGCCUCCUUUAGGGAACACCCAGAACACUACCUGUAAGAAGGAGAGUGGAAAGUAACUUGUGUCCUUCCUUCCCCGAGUCCCAGGAAGAAGCAAGGAGCCUAAGUUAGAAAGAGGAGCUGACACGGAUACCUGGCUUCUUCAUUGGCGCCCCCUCUUCCUAACCCCUGACCUCCCCCAUGCCUGUCACAGACCUUUGCUCUCAAGUUGCAAGAGACCAAACAUACCCUGGGGUCAGGGUUUAAGUAACAGCCACUCACCCUUGCUCCAGCCCCAUUAGGACCCCCACCACAAGACAAAGCUCAGGAUGCUGGCUAAGCUAGGAACAUACCCCCCUCACCCCCACCCCCAGAUUCUCCCAGCAGCCCUCACCAGCUCCAGCAGUCAAACCAGUGAUUUUCUCAACCUUGCCUCACAGUGACUCCGCAGUACCAAGCGGCGUCCACCAAGAAUCAGGUUGGAGGAAAGGGAACCCAAGCAGUAGAGUAUGAUAAUGGAGUCUUGUUCAUUCACAUCUUGAAUUUUUUUCCCUAACAGAUUCUUUUGGGGGGGAGUGAGUAAACAGACUCCUCAUCAAGGGUUCAGACAUCAAUUUUUCUGACUUUUUUAAUCAUCAUCAUUUUUUUUAAUUAAAAGAUGCCUGUAUGCCUUUUUUUGGUCCAAUUGUAAAUAAAUAUGUCAUUGUCCUGUU